GUGCCCACUGCCGCCGGGUUAGGGCGCAGGUUACAAGUGGCGGCGGCGGCGGGUGGGCUCUGUAGCCGGCGGAAUUCACCGCGAGCGGUCUGGACUGCCAGAGUCCUUCCGCCGGCAGGAUGUCCCUGGCUGCCUACUGUGUCAUCUGCUGCAGAAGGAUAGGAACCUUUGUUCCCCGAUCAAAAAGCCACACGCCCUGGAGAAAUAUCCGAAAUAUAAUAAGAUUUACUGGAUCGCUCAUUGUAGGGGGUUCUCUAUUUAUUACUUACGAAGUGCUGGCCCUGAAAAAGUCGUUAACGUUGGACACUCAGGUGGUGGAAAGAGAAAAAAUGAAGUCUUACAUCUAUGUGCACAAAGCCCCUGCAGACAGCUUAGACCACCGUGGGAUUGUUUGGCAGGCAAGAAAAGAACUUCACAGAGCAGUAAGAAAAGUGUUGGCGGCAGCAGCCAAGGUACUGCGGAGCCCAUUUGCUGACUCCUUCAGCACAGUUGACAUCGAAGAUCAUGAUUGUGCAGUGUGGUUACUCCUGAAGAAGAGCCGGGCGGACGAUCUAGCUGUGCGGCUGGAGGCUGUGCGGGAAAUGUCGGGGGCUCGCCACUGGCACGACUACCAGUACAGGAUCAUUGCUCAAGCCUGCGACCCGAGGACCCUUAUUGGUUUGGCCCGAAGCAAAGAAAGUGAUCUUCGCUUUUUUCUCCCGCCCCCUCCUUUGCCAGCUUUGAAAGAGGACUCCACCGAAGAGGAGCUCCGGCAUUUGCUGGCCUCUUUACCGCAGACGGAGCUUGAUGAGUGUCUCCAGUAUUUCACAUCCUUGGCUCUCAGCGAGAGCAGCCAGAGCCUGGCCGCACAGAAGGGAGGACUGUGGUGUUUUGGAGGAAAUGGGCUGCCGUAUGCAGAGAGCUUUGGGAAAGUCCCCUCAGCCACAGUGGAGAUGUUCUGUUUAGAGGCCAUAGUAAAGCAUUCGGAGAUACCCUCACACUGUGACCACAUUGAAGCAGGCGGGGGCUUGCAACUCCUGCAGAGGCUCUACCAGCUUCACAAGGACUGCCCCAAAAUACAGAGAAACGUCAUGAGGAUCAUUGGAAACAUGGCUCUGAAUGAGCGUCUUCACCCUGCUCUAGUCCACUCAGGAUGGGUGUCUCUCAUGGCAGAAGCCUUGAAGUCCUGCCACAUUAUGGAGGCUUCCCACGCUGCUAGGAUCCUGGCUAACAUGGACCGAGAGACCGUGGGUGAGAAAUACCAGGACGGAGUGUAUGUGCUCCACCCCCAGUGUCGGACAGGUCAGCCCAUUAAAGCCGAUGUCCUUUUUAUUCAUGGCCUUAUGGGAGCAGCCUUUAAAACCUGGCGCCAACAUGACAGCCAGCGGGCUCUGACUGAAAGUGCUGUGGUGGAUGAAGACAGGUACACUACAUGCUGGCCCAAGACAUGGCUAGCAAAGGACUGUCCUGCACUCCGCAUCAUAUCUGUGGAGUACGACACGAGCCUCAGCGACUGGAGGGCAACGUGCCCCAUGGAGAGAAAGUCCAUUGCAUUCAGAAGCGACGAACUUCUCAGCAAGCUCAGAGCUGCUGGUGUGGGGGAUAGGCCGAUGAUUUGGGUCUCACACAGCAUGGGAGGUCUUCUUGUCAAGAAGAUGCUGUUGGAGGCCUCUAAGAAGCCGGAACUGAGUGCUGUUAUAAACAACACCAGAGGAAUCAUUUUUUACAGCGUCCCUCACCACGGGUCACGUCUGGCUGAAUACUCCGUUAAUAUUCGAUACCUUCUCUUCCCCUCUCUGGAAGUCAAAGAACUGAGCAAGGACUCUCCUGCACUGAAGAUGCUCCAGGAUGACUUUCUGGAGUUCGCGAAAGACAAAAACUUCCAGGUGCUGAACUUUGUAGAAACUCAACCGACAUUCAUCGGCAGCAUGAUUAAACUGCACAUAGUGCCCGUGGAGUCAGCAGAUUUAGGCAUUGGGGACUUAAUCCCCGUGGACGUCAACCACUUGAACAUUUGCAAGCCGAAGACAAAGGAUGCAUUUUUGUACCAACGUACUCUACAGUUCAUCUGCGAAACUUUAGCCAGAGACCUUGAAAACUGACAGCUACGUUCUUCCAUUUUUUUGUGUGAAUACAGUGCAGGAAACGUGGCACUCUCCAUCUCUUGUUAAGCUCUAUGCAGUCCUGUGCACUCACUGCACGUGGGGUGCAGAUGGCAGAGUGCAGCUCUUCACGCAGGCCCUGGGAGAUGCUGGAGCACACCUGGAGGCCACAGAGGAAGGGUUACGUUGGAACUCCUGGCCUGAGCCUUGGGGUAGGGAACAGAGAACUGCUGUGGCCAGAGGGUCCGGCCACCUGCGCCUGCCCCAGCUCACCCGAGUCCCGACAGGCAACUUGGCACACCAUGAGAAUGAAAUUUGGGGAGAACAAGUUAGAACUGACAGAGGCUGUGUUGGACCUGGGUACCAUGUGCUGCGAUGUUUGAUUGCCAAUUUUUAAUGUCAAUAUGUUAGUUACACAGUUGACACUUUCAGUGGUUCUUGCACACCUGCUUGUAAGUGCGGACCAGUCUUGUAAGCUUUUGGUUUUUUUCAUAUGCUCAGAACAUUUGUUCUAAGUAUUCCUUCUAGGAUAUAUUAUUUAGUUAUUCAGUAAUAUGCUCCGGAUAAGGUAAGGAUCAGAUUAUGAACAAAUCUAUUUGAAGCCAUCAGGUAUACUAACUACUUAGUAUCAAGUCUGGCUACAUAACAGUGCAGCCUUCCUUCAUGCUCCCUUUAGAGGGACUUCCGGCAUGGGAGGAUAAGAACUCAUGCUGACGACCUUUUAUGUAUUUGAGUAAUAGCAUUAUUAACAUGAAAGUCAUCAUGUGUAUAUACAUGCACGCACGCAUGCGUGUGCAUGUGUGUGGUGCUAGGGAUCAAACCUGAAACCUUGUGUGUGCUAGCCAGGUACCUGCCAGUACAGUAUGUCCUCAGCUCCAGACUUAGACCUUCAGAGAGGACAACUGACUGGUGUUUGGUGUCAAAGCUACAAACUAUCACCACUGUCCAAAGUCCAUUGUAUCAUCCCCAAAGAAGCUCUCAGCAGCAGGCAAUCCCCUCCUCUGACCCAAACCCCAGUAAACACUAACACAUCCCAUCUCUGCAUUUGCCUAGCGGGCAUUCAUAAAGUUGGUAGCUUCACUGUGUUCCUCUUAGCAUAAUGGUUCUUUCUUGCAUCCAUCUUUUCCUGCCUCUCUCUGCUUCCUACCUGUCCUUGCAGUGAGCAGUUUUGCCAAUCCUCCCAUUCUCCCAUGAUGCCCUGUCUCACACCAUGGGGCCAGUGACAUUGACGGAGACCGUGAGCAGCAGACACCUUUUCUCCUUUAACUCUGCUGCCUAGGUAUCUGUCAAGAUGAACAUGCAUUCGGUUCUGUGUUAAAACUGCAAUCUGAAAAGAGCUGUCCAGUGAAUUAAAUAAAUUAGUGUUGCUGUUUUUCUGACAAGA